GACUGUCGCGGGGUCCCUCACUCCCUCAAUCGGUACCUGAGCACGUGUCUGUAAAACCACGGCACGGGCACAGCGCCGGCCUUGGUGGCAGCAGUACGCCAGAGUUCAUGGAAACGCUGCGGCUUAUGGAACCGGACAAAGCUUCACAAACAACCGGCACGACCCGCUCCGGCGCCUGCUGCGAACCCGCCGCGCCGGUCGCGUCCAUCCUUUUGAUCGCGGCAAGUGUCCUGCGGCGCGGCGCCCGGUCCGAGCGGCCGACCGGCCGGGCGGCCGCGAUGGCGGUCACUCGGCGCGGCGGUACACGGCGGCGUCUGUGGUCGUCAAGGUAACGCCGGCAGCCGACCGUACAGAGCCGGAGCGGCGGUGUUGUGGCCGGGGCGGUCAGCCGCCGCCGCCGCUACCUGGCUCCGCCACUGGCGCCGCUGCCGCCGCCGCCGCCGCCGCCCGGGGCCGCCAGCGCGUCAGCUGAUCAGUCCAGUCCAGCGGAGGUCGGCGUCCGGACCGGGCGGUCGGUGAGGUGCGGUGUGCGAGCCAGCGAUACGGUCCAGGAGCGUCGUCCCUUCAGCCCAGCGGCCGCCGUGCCCAACGGCCGUUGGCGCGGCGUUGGGAGCCACGAAUGGUGCCGGAAACCAUGGACGGAAUUAGCGGAUCAGGUGUCCAACACGAACAAAAGAUGACGGCGUCGUCGGCCGUCCCCUCGGUCAGCAGUUCGGCGGCGCUCCGGCAGCAGCUGCAGCAGGCGCAGCGCGCGUUGAAGCGCACCCGGCAGCACCUGCAGCUACAGGAGGCGCGCAGCCGGCAGCUGGUGACCGCCUGCGCCGCCAAACUGCGUGAGCGACAGGCCGAGACGGAGCGCUCUGAGGCGCUCAAGGAGCGUCAGUUCCAGCGGAUCCUGCAGCAGCUCACCGUGCUGCAGAGUCGCAUGCAGAGAGAGCAGAAGCAGAUCACGGCGCGGCUGACCGACCAGGAGCAGCGCGCGCAGCAGCAGGCGCGCGAGCUGGAGCGGCAGCGGCGCGCCAACCGGCGCCUGCUCACCAAGGUGCACCGGCUGUCGCAGCCGUGCGCGCGCUGCGGCGCGAAGCCCGACAGCGGCAUCAGCGACUGUGACGAGGGCGAGGAGGUGGCCGCCAAGGUGGCGCGCCGUGCCGAACUCUCCGAGACCGUCACAGAGGUGUGCCCCACAGAGCUCACACCCGUGGCGGCGCCAGUCUCGCCGGUGGCCAAAGUCGCGCCCGUCACCCCCACCACACCGACUGCUGCUCCUUCUCCGAAGGUCGCCCCCGCCGCGUCCGUCUCCCCUGCCACCCCGAAGAGCGCCGGCGGCUCCCCACCAGCCGAGCGGGGUAUCAUCCGGACCCCGGGCGAGCCGCGGCCGGCGAUGCACAAGACGGUGACAUUCUCUCUACAGGACAAGGAGAACGUGCCAGAGACGGUGUCCCGGCGGCCGGCGCGGCCCGUGCGGCCCGUGCAGCCGCGCCCCCGUCCACCGCCGACAGCCCUCCUUCAGCCGUGCAUCAUCUCGCCGCCCAGUGUCAGCAUCAACGGCACGACGUACGGCGGCCAGCCGUCCAUUGUGGAGACCAUCAGCCAGCUGCUGGGCGCCGACCUCGAGUGGCCCGUGGUGCGCCGGCCCACACUCGUCCCCAAGAAGCUGUCUGUGAUCCCCGAGGGCAACGAGUCGGCCCGCGACGAGCUUAGCGAACCAGAGUAUGAGAAUGUCCGUGUAGAGACGCUCGGACAAGAUGCCGACAAAGAAGACAGUCCGAAAGACGGUAGUGGAAUGCGUGGAAAGGUGGAGACGAAAAGUGGAAAGGAGAGUCUGGAUAAUGACGAUGUGCAGAACAGAAACUACCGCAACGUGCCGCGGUCCCGGUCAAACAUCAACCUCAUCAUGAGCGAGAGUGAGGGCGUCCAGAUCAAGGACAACUUCGAGGAGUUCAAGUUUGAUGACGACAUGGCGAGUAGCGUCUGCUCGGAGACGGCCAGCGAGCGCAGCGCCGACAACGGCAACGACGAGAAGCACAGCUUCGACCGCCGCGCAGGAGAUGGCGCUGAGUCCGAGCAGAACGACUCCAAAGUCGUCAUCAACGGCAACUAUGAAAAGUUCCUGGAGCUUUCCGGGCUCAGCCAGAAGGCCCUGGCCAUUCCCACCAGCCGGUUCACGAGCCAUCGAGUGAUGCAGAAGGGGAAGGACGCCAAGCACCGGCAGCAGAUCCGUAUGAUGUUUGACGGCACCACCAUUGAGGAGAGAUCUCCUACCUCGAGCGUCCGCUACUACUCCGAGCAACUAUAGCAAGAGACCUCACUGACGCCAGACACUGCCGAAUCCCUCUCCUGACGAGGGCCGCGAGCAGUGUGGCCGGAGACUCUGUGGACAAAGGAUGUCACGUUGAAGAACUCAUAUAGGUGUGUGAAUAAACUGUGUGCGCCCUCCGUGCGCCGUCCUGUGAGAGAUCUAGCCACUCCACAGUGGGAUGUAUCGCUGCCCUUAGUCGACAUGGUGACACUCCGGCGUCUCACGUUCCGCGUGUGUGUGAUGUAUUCGAUGUCCUAUCCAAUGUAGCCAGACAUUAUCCGUGUGUUAGCCGUGGCGCUGGGUUCCUACGCUGGGGAGUCGUUCCGCGUGCGAGGUCGUACUUUGUUUGAUACUGCGAAGGACCUUCGUGGCAGAAAGCGCAGCCAGUCCACGAAGGCGCAAGUAUCCGUUGUUAUAUGUGCGUAUGUGUGUCUGUGUCACGCUGUAUUUCUGAGAUCUUCGUAUGCAUUGUAAAUAUAGAACCAGGCACUGCAA